UGGCCUUGAAUUUGUCAUCUUCUUGCCUUAGCCUCCUGAGUUGCUGGGAUUAUAGUCAUGAGCCACUAUGCUCCGGUUCCCUUAAAUGUUAUAAAUGGCAUUUAAUAUUUUUAUACUUUCAAAUAUUUCAAAUUUCGAAAGAGGUGAACUUGUAAAUCUAAUAGUACAGUCUUUCCAAGAACUUAACAUUUGUUAAGUCUAAACAUGUAAGUCAGGUUUUUUAAAACAUGUAAAUACUUUAGAAGUUUAACAGUUCAAAUUAAGAUUGUAAAUCUAACAUGUCCUUCUUUAAUAUAUCUGGUACUUGCCAGGUGCAAUAGUGCGUGACUGUAAUCCCAGUGACUUAGGAGGCUGAGGCAGGAGAGUCACAAGUUUGGAACUUUAGUGAGACCCUGACUCAAAGAGUUGAUGAUGUAGCUCAGUGGUAAAGCUCUCCUGGGUUGGAUCCCCAGUACUGGGGGAUGGGGAUAUAUGUGAUUCUCUUAAAUGUUUCAAAUGACUUAGGACAAAUGAUAGCAUAUUAUGAUUGAUUAACCACAAGUCUAACUUGUGUUAAUAUACAAUAGGUUGAUUUACUUUGUCCUCUGGUUUUAUUUAUUUUCUUCUUUCUUUUAAUUUUCUUUGCAGGGCUGGGGAUCAAACCCACGGCCUUGUGCAUGCUGGGCAAGCACUCUAUAACUGAGCUACAUCCCAGCCCUGUCCUCCAGUAUGGUCCUGCUUUUAUACUGUCUUACACUUGCACAGUUGCUUUUGCAACUUAAGAGGAGCAGUUUUAAGGUCUAGGUGGAUUGAAGUUGCAGUCUCAACUUGGAAUGAAAUGAGGUUAUAUUUUUAAAUUACCAGCUGUACAGGGACAUUAGGAUCUGGUUGCCAUCUCUAGUAUGGCCUUUCUUUUUCUUUUUGGUACUGGGGAUUGAACCCAGGGAUGGUUAACCACUGAGUCACAUCCCCAGCCAUAUUUAUAUUUUAUUUUGAGAUAGGAUCUAAGUUGCUUAGGGCCUUGCUAAGUUGCUGAGGCUGGCUUUGAAUUCCUGACCCUCUUGUCUUGCCCCCUGAGCUGCUGGGAUUACAGUUGUGUGCCCCUGUGCCCAGCUAAGGAUGGCCUUUCUUCCUCCUAUUGAACAUCCUGCUGAUUCUCUUCUUACAGUGGGACUGUGUCUGCUCUCUCAGUGGGAGACCUGUAAGCUUUCAGCUGGAUUUAUUUUCACAGUCCAGUGUGUCACACAUAUCCCAAGAGCUGUGAAUGUUUCUUUGGAAGUGAGUGUGUGGGGGGGAUUCUUUUUCAGCAUCUUUGUGCACAUUAGUUAGUAAGUGGUCUGCAUACUGGCCAACCUGUUUCACUGCCAGUCACUUUGCUGCCUGAUUAGGAAGAUUUUAACUCUUAUAGUUUUUAGAUAUUUUUCUUCCUUGUCUGGUCUUAGAUCACAAUUUUACGAUUAUAAUGAAAAGAUUGGAUACUGGAUAUGUACUAAUACAUCUACAUGUAUGAGAAUAUAUACAAAUCUCCCUGAAUUAAUUCAUAUUUGUGAUUCAUUUACAAUCAAAGUAUAGUGAGCCUUCUGGGAGAACUUGCCAAAAUGAUUCUAAAAUUGAACUGAAAUAAUAAAUAGGCUGGAAAAGCCAAAUAUUAUUUUUAAAAGACAAUAAGGAUGAACUUUUAAUUCAAGAUAUUAAAACAUGCCAGAAAACUUUUCGAAACUUUGCUAUUGAUUUGGUUAAAAAUCUCUUAAGUACUAGAUUAAUAUAACAGAUGGCUUUCAGAAUUAGACCUUACAUAUCUGAGGCUUUACUCGAUGAUAUAUGCCAAAUCAGCAAGGGGAAAAGAAGAUUAUUUAGUGAUUGAUGCUGGGGAGAAACCAAGUUAGAGCCUGUCCUCUUGCCUUAUAGCAUAGUAAGUUCAACUUGGGUUAAGGAGUUACAUGUGAAAAAUGUAUAUAUGAAUGACCUUAUCAGGGGAAUCUUAUAUAAGAUCUGAUUGGAGAAGGCAUAAAAAGAAAUUGUAGGCAUAAAAAGAAAUGGGAAGAAUUGUAUGGGAUAAAAGUUUUAACUGCAUCAUUCUAUCAUCUUUUGACCUGGAUCAUGGGAUUUGAGGUGAUUAUCAUAUAGUUAUGAAAAAAAUUAUAUUUAGAAUGAGUAUUACUUAAGCAGAAGAAAAAGCAAUAAAUAGCAACAGAAAUAAAUCCAACAAUGGAUUCUUCUUGAUAAUGAAAUUAUUUUAAACUUAAAUCUAUAAAGGAAGUGUUUGUUUUUAUCAUCUUGGUUUGACCUGGCCCUUCUUUUCAAUGUUAACAGAAGCCAUGCAGUGACACCUGCUAAGACUUGUUGGUAGCCAUGUCGGAGCCCCACAGGGUCCAGUUCACCUCUCUCCCAGGUUCUCUGAAUCCUGCAUUUUUGAAGAAGUCCCGGAAAGAGGAGGUUGGGGGAGCAGAACAGCAUCAGGACUGUGAGCCAGCUGCGGCAGCUGUUCGAAUUACACUCACCCUCUUUGAACCAGAUCACAAACGCUGCCCCGAGUUCUUCUACCCAGAGCUGGUGAAGAAUAUACGAGGAAAGGUGAAAGGCCUUCAGUCUGGAGAUAAGAAGAAAGAUCUCUCAGAUCCUUUUAAUGAUGAAGAAAAGGAAAGGCAUAAAGUGGAAGCCCUUGCACGGAAAUUUGAAGAAAAAUAUGGCGGAAAGAAACGUAGAAAAGACCGAAUACAGGACUUGAUUGACAUGGGGUAUGGUUAUGAUGAAUCUGAUUCCUUCAUCGAUAACUCUGAGGCGUAUGAUGAGCUUGUUCCUGCUUCUUUGACCACAAAGUAUGGAGGAUUUUACAUUAACUCAGGAACUCUGCAAUUUAGACAAGCAUCCGAAUCUGAGGAUGAUUUCAUUAAAGAAAAGAAGAAAAAAUCUCCAAAGAAGCGGAAGUUGAAGGAAGGUGGUGAGAAGAUAAAGAAGAAGAAAAAAGAUGACACUUAUGACAAGGAGAAGAAAUCGAAAAAGUCCAAGUUUUCCAAAGCCGGCUUCACAGCCCUCAAUGCCAGUAAGGAAAAGAAGAAGAAGAAAUAUUCUGGGGCUUUAAGUGUUAAAGAGAUGCUAAAGAAAUUUCAGAAGGAGAAAGAGGCUCAGAAAAAGAGAGAGGAGGAGCAUAAGCCUGUAGUGGUCUCAUCGGUGGAAGCUCAGGGCCUGCGGGACUUGGAGGGUGCUUCUGACCCCUUGCUCUCACUCUUUGGCUCCACUUCUGACAAUGACUUGCUCCAGGUGGCCACUGCCAUGGACUCACUGACGGAUUUGGACUUGGAGCAGCUGCUCAGUGAGUCUCCAGAAGGAAGCCCUUUCCAAGAUAUGGAUGAUGGAAGCGAUUCCCUUGGGGUGGGAUUGGACCAGGAAUUCAGGCAGCCCUCUUCCCUCCCCGAAGGCCUGCCAGCACCCCUGGAGAAGCGCAUUAAGGAGCUGGCUCAGGCUGCCAGAGCUGCCGAGGGAGAGAGCAGACAGAAGUUCUUCACCCAGGAUAUGAAUGGCAUCCUACUAGACAUAGAGGUGCAAACUCGGGAGCUGAGUAGCCAGAUCCGUUCUGGGGUAUAUGCCUAUCUCUCUUCAUUCCUGCCCUGCAGCAAGGACGCUCUGGUUAAACGUGCUCGAAAACUUCACCUCUAUGAACAGGGUGGGCGCCUGAAGGAGCCUCUCCAGAAGCUCAAGGAAGCCAUUGGCAGGGCAAUGCCUGAGCAGGUGGCCAAGUACCAGGAUGAGUGCCAGGCACACACGCAAGCAAAGGUCGCUAAGAUGCUGGAAGAGGAAAAAGACAAGGAGCAGAGAGAACGGAUUUGUUCUGAUGAGGAAGAUGAUGAAGAAAAGGGUGGCAGGAGGAUAAUGGGACCAAGGAAGAAAUUCCAGUGGAAUGAUGAAAUCAGGGAACUGCUGUGCCAAGUGGUGAAGAUCAAACUGGAAAGCCAUGAUCUGGAGAGGAACAAGGCCCAGGCAUGGGAGGACUGCGUGAAGGCCUUUCUGGAUGCAGAGGUCAAGCCUCUCUGGCCCAAAGGCUGGAUGCAGGCCAGGACUCUGUUUAAGGAGAGUCGACGAGGCCAUGGACACCUGACAUCAAUUUUAGCCAAGAAGAAAGUAAUGGCCCCUUCUAAAAUCAAGGUGAAGGAGUCAUCUGCUAAGCCUGAUAAAAAGGCUUCCAUCCCAUCAGGAGGACAGAUGGCUGGCUCCACUGCUUUGCCAUCGGAACACCAGGGAGGAGGCCUGAACAUUGGGUCCACGAGUAGGGAGCCCCCAUCCCAGGUGUCUGGUGGCCUCACUAACCCUGCUCCUGUCAACCUGGAGGACUCAUUGGAUGAAGACUUGGGCCAUGAUCCAGCCUCAAUGGAAGCCGUGUCCAAGGAGCUGGCCGUGUUGAAUAGCAGAGUGGCUGGGAGCUCUGAGUUCACAAUGGCUGCACCCUCCAAAGCACCAGCAGAAAAAGUCACAGGUGUUUUGUGUGCGGAAGAGAAAAGGAACUUUGUGAAACCCAACCCCUCGGCACCACCACCCGCUAGCACACUGCAGUCACCCCUAAAUUUUCUGGCUGAACAGGCUCUAGCACUGGGGCAAUCCUCUCAGGAGAAAAAACCAGAGAGUUCUGGCUACAAAGAGCUGUCCUGCCAGGCUCCCCUCAGCAAGGGCCUGCCAGAAGUACACCAGUCCAAAGCAAAGCACCACAGCUUGCCACGGACGUCUCAUGGACCCCAGGCGGCAGCUCCAGUACCUGGCCCCCAAGUCAAAGUCUUUCAUGCGGGCACUCAGCAGCAGAAAAAUUUCACGCCCCCAGCUCCAUUUGUCAGUAAACUCCAAGGCCCAAAGGCUUCCUCCCCACAGUGUCAUCGUUCCCUUCUGCAGCUAGUGAAGACAGCAGCCAAAGGCCAGAGCUUCCAUCCCCCCACACCAACCUCCUCUGGAGGCUCGCCAUCUUCCAGUGGCAGCUCUCAUAAGACCCCAGCCUCGUCCUCUACUGCCCUGAGCCACCCAGCAAAACAGCACCCAGCCAACUCUGCGGGGCCAUCUUAUAAGAAUAAUCCAUUUGCUGGCUCUAUCUCCAAACAUGGGGUUUCUUCUGGCAGCUCUUCCUCUGGAGGAACCCGAGUGCAGAGCUCUGCUUCUGGGACCCUGCUCCCCAGCAUACAGCCUCCUUCCACAGGACAGUCCACCAACCAGCCUGUCCCAAGCUCGGCAGUGAAGAAACCACCUAUUUCCCAGAAGCUGACCCUGGUAGCCCCUCCUGGUGGUCCAAAUGGAGAUUCCGGUGGUGGUACCCAGGGAGUGGCAAAGUUACUGACCUCCUCCCUGAAGCCCGCCACAGUUAGUAGUGUGACAUCAUCUACCUCCUUGCCAAAAGGACCGGGUGGGGCUGUGCUGCUGACCAGCUCCUCUCCCUUAAACCUGCUGUCUUCAUCCUACAAGUCCAGCAACCCCAAGCUGCCUGGGGCCGUGAACUCUAACUCACUGGGGAUCCUUGCCCCUGUCCCAUUUCCACUCCACGUGCUCUCCUUCAGUGCGGAGUCCUCUGCUAAAGCGGGGGUCUCCAAGGAUGCCAUCGUCACAGGCCCAGCCCCUGGGACCUUCCACCACGGUCUCAGCCACAGUCUUCUGGCUGGCUUGCACUCCAGCCCGCCCCAUGCAGCAACUCUCCCACAUGCUGCCGUGUCCACCCAUGUCCCGCAGAGUCUGCCAGAUGCUUCUCAGCUUCACGGGAAGGGGCCUAGUGUGCCACGGAAGUUGUGACCACUUCAGAGGACAGGCUCGAUUGACUUGGGUCCACUGGAAGCUCAACGUGGAGGUCUCAGAUGGCGGGCGUCUCCUGCACACUCUGCAUACUGGUUUCCUUCCGAAGCAGGCAUGAGUUCCCGGAGCGUGUCCUGGCACUUCUGACAAGCCUCCAACUAAGGAGCAGCUCACGCUGCUGGUGAAGCACUUAUUGACCUGGUGCUCUGGGCCUCACAGCUCUGUUGCUGGAAGGUUGUUAGAGGGCAGCUCUGGGUGUGGGAGUGUGCUGGGCUCUUGGGAAGCGGGGAGUCCACAAGCUCUGGUUGCAGAUCCAUUGGCACAGCUGUUUAGGUCUGCCUGGCCCCCAGCACUCAGUCCAAGUACCUCACAGCACCUGAUGGGUCUGGGGCUCCUUCUGGCCACAUUAGGAUCCCUGGAUGGUCAGUGUUAUCCCAUCCCCAGGCUGUGUGCUCAAAAGGACAAGACCCAGGCCUGAGCCACAGGUGGGAGGCCCAUCUUGUCUCCUUGCAAAAUAUUAAGAACACUUACUGUGUGCUAUCUAUGGGGGACCAGUUUUUCCUCUGAACAUGACAAUGAAGCUCUUAUAGAGAAGAGACCUUUGUAGAUUCAAUUAUGGUAGGAUUUUUAAAGACAUCUAUCUUGGGCUCAGUUUUCGUCAUUACCAUUAAAUGCAUUGGAUAGAAUGGGACUGCUCUUCACACGUCACAUUAUAGGAAGACUCAAUUCCAGUGCCUUUAUGGUGGAGCAGAAUUCGACAACACAACGUCCAUUCAGCCCCCUGAGUGGAUCUGAGAUGAAGACCUUUUUUUAAAGAGAUGUCUGUAUUUAGGACAUAGCCAGUUUUAUUUAAUUGAGAUUUUUAUGGUUGCACAUCAUAACCUGCGCCGUCCUGACUUGAAAGUCAUCUGGGACCCCAACCCCAGGUCCCAGUUGAGCCAGGGCUCCCAGUUUGUUUUUCCAGAGUUGGUACAGGUAGACUGCACAGGAACCCCAAAGCCCUUUGUGUCUGAGGGCUGAGACAGGGAUUCCGAGUCACAGGUGACAUUCCAGUUUCUUAUUCUUAGAAAUCCUUCUUAGGCAGAGUUGCAGGGAUAGGCCUCUGUGAAGCGUCUGCUGCCUACAGUGGACCUGGAAGUGUUGAGCUCUCCAGACAGUGGGGUUCUGUGUGGACUGGGGUGCUGCCCAGAGGAACUGGAGAGUGAAUCUGAGACAGGUGAGGAUAGCAACUGUAGAACUCCUGUCACCAGGCUGGUCACACUCAGCCAGUGGCCAUUUCACAAGGACUUCGAGGGCCCUUGCUUAUUCUGUGAAUCUGUGCCACAAGGUGAGUCUGACUGCCCAGGUGAGCAAUUUGACAUGUUGAGAGAGCAUCCUCAGCAUGUGCACCUGGGUGAAACCAGAUAGUCUUUCGGUUCCUGACUCCCAGGUGCGAUGCUCAGUAACUCCCACUUCUGUGGAGGUUGGUGCCCUUCCCGCUGUGCUGGGAGCAAGACCUGUCAGCUACUCAGCCUGGCCUCUGCUCUGACUCUUUUUGUAUGUAAGAACCAAUCUGUUUCACAUUGGGCCACAUGGGUUCCUUAUCCCUUUAUUAUAUAUAUUUUUUGCAACUUGGAUUUCCAGUUUGUUUACAGAAUAGUCUUAGGUAGUAGCAAAAGAGCCAAAGAAGAGAUUUGUAUAGCUGAGCUCAAAGCCGAGCCGAGGCCGUCAGCGAAGGCUGAGCAGUGGGAACUCUCCAGGCUCCUCUGCCCAUGAACACCCAGGUCCCAGCCCCAGCACCCCUCACCUCCCUCCUCGCCCUUUGGUGCUCCCUCCUCCCCGUGUGCCACUGAGUGUGCAGCUGGAGCAGGAUACCCUUGUCCUUAGGAAUCUAGUGAUGCCUCUUGCCUCAGGGAAAUGUUUCUUUGAUGGGGAGUUUGAGAUUUCUUUUUCUUGUUUAUGUUUUGUUUGUGGUAACGAAAGAGUGAAUGAUAAACAGCCAUGGCAAGGCAGAUCUACAGCCCAGCUGCAGUGGAGGCGUGGGGCAGAGCACGCUCAAGGGGCUGCAGGGGUUCCCUUGGCGGGCGGAAGUCUCUGAGCACUUACCGGACAUGGCCGUUUCUUAGGUGUGAGAGGGGCUGUUACUUUUGUGCAGCGACUAUGUUGGUGUUGGGGGUGGUGUGGAAAUUGUUAAUCUUGUAUAAAGCAACUCAAUAAAUUGUUUCAAGGUUUCCAAAAA